AUGGAUUCCAACAACACAGCCCCACUCACACCUCCUCCCCCCACUCACACCUUUUCCAGCCCCACUCACACCUCCUCCAGCCCCACUCCCCUUACAUCCCCCCCCGUUCCCAGUUGGAAUACCAUACAUAUACAUUUCCUGGGACAGUACGGUGGAGUAAUCACUUAUAUUGGACCAAACAGUACCUCUUCAAGUCCAGUACUGUUGUACAGUGAUAAUUCCAACAGCAGUUUCCAGUCUGUGUCUCAGUCAUGUUCCCCAUUGCCACCAUCACCUAACAGCUCUGGCUCCCAGGAUGGCAAACACUACAAGAGUAACUCUUCAGGAUCUGGAGAGGAUUGUCCAACCAUUGGGCCCUUCAGCAACCUGAAGCUUUCCACAGAUGAUGGGAACACCAUUUCCACCACUAAAAACAGCUCUGGCAUUACCAAAAUCAGUGGAAUGAUUCUGCUGUGUAAAGUGUGUGGCGAUGUAGCCUCUGGUUUCCAUUAUGGUGUGCACGCUUGUGAAGGGUGUAAGGGCUUCUUCAGGAGAAGCAUUCAGCAGAACAUCCAGUACAAGAAGUGCCUCAAGAAUGAGAACUGCACUAUCAUGCGAAUCAACAGAAACCGUUGUCAGCAGUGCCGCUUUAAGAAGUGUCUUGCUGUUGGCAUGUCCAGGGAUGCUGUGCGUUUUGGGCGCAUUCCCAAGAGGGAGAAGCAGCGGAUGCUGGCAGAAAUGCAGAGUGCCAUGAAUAAUAUGGUGAACAACCAACUGAAUGGCGAGCUACAGAAUGAUAUCCAGCCCCAGCAGCAAAACUGGCAACACCAGCCUCCACUGGCAGCUCCUGCCCACCCACCCCAGCAGGAGCGGUCAUCCCCCAGUCUCCAUCCCCAGCAGCAACACAACCCACAGCAGUUAUACUGUCCCAGCACCGAAACCUCGAUGGAAGAGGUCAUUUAUUCUAUUUCCAGGGCACAUAAGGAGACCUUCACUUAUGCCCAUGACAAAUUAAAGCAAACGACCACUGCCUGCCGACACAACGGUGAGCUGAUGAACCACAAUGCCAAUUGCUGCCGGAAUGGGUACCACGUCAACGGAAUGAAUACCAUCUAUCACCAGGAGAACAACAUUUUCCAUAAAACCAAUAACAGUGGACUAAAGAAGAUGUGCUACCCAUCUUCUUUCUCAAAUGGUCACACUAAUGGACACAUUAGUGGACACUACCAAAACCAGACCAACGGAAACAAAUUACACACUAGAAACUCGUAUAGUGCCAAUGGCGAGAUAGAGACUGGCAACGGGAGGACCUGCCCAUGGAAAGGAGCAAACAAUGUUAUCCUGGCCUGCCCAAUGAACAUUCGGCCACAUGUAGAUGGCAGUCGAUCUGUGCAACAGAUCUGGGAGGACUUUUCCUUGAGCUUCACACCAGCUGUCAAAGAAGUGGUUGAGUUUGCAAAGCUCAUUCCUGGUUUCAAGGACCUUUCCCAGCAUGACCAGGUCAUUCUGCUGAAAGCUGGCACCUUUGAGCCUCCUGAGGCAGCAGCAGUACUGGGACGAGCUGUUAAUGGCUUGACCUUAGCCAAGGGUCUCCUGGCAAGCAAGGAACAGGUUCCAGGCUGA